ACGUUUAUUUUUGGUGCGCUCUGACGUCAACAGCGCACACGUUUCAUUCAGCAGGCUCAGAAAGUAAGUUAUUUAUAACCCGCAGCGUCUUCAGGUUGUGCUCCUUGAGUGCGCGCCGAGAACAAUCCAAAGGGUCCUUCGUCGUCCGGACUCACGCGACUGGAGGACCAAAAAAAAAAAAAAAAAAAAAAAAGCAGCGCUGCGGUGCGCUCACGUGCGUCCCGCUCUCCCAUCGCGCAGGUUCGGCGAAACCCAGGUGAGGCGUGGACGCCUCGCAAAUGGGCAAAAACAACAACAACAGCAACACCGAAAAGGCGUCAAGUUUGUCUUUGGAACCGAGGAGCCAUUAUCUCCUCGGGUCUCCAUCCUGCUGCUGCCGUGGCUGCAAAGACGCAGCUUGUGAGCAUGGAAAGGCUGACUUCGGACCAGUGCUGCAAGGUGUGAAAUCUACACAGAGAAAAGCUGCGAUUGUCAAGGUGAUGGCGGACAUUCUGGAGCUGCGCACGGACGGGAACUCCCUCCUGAAGGCGGUGUGGCUCCGACGCUUGAGGCUGACCAGACUCCUCCUGGAGGGCGGCGCGUACAUCAACGAGAGCAACGAACGAGGCGAGACGCCCCUCAUGGUGGCCUGCAUGUCGACGCACGGCGACCAGCAGAGCGUCAGCAAGUCCAAACUGGUCAAAUAUUUGCUGGACAACCAGGCCGACCCCAACAUACAAGACAAAGGAGGCCGGACCGCCCUGAUGCACGCCUGCAUCCACCAGGCGGGACACGAGGUGGUGGGCCACCUGCUGAGCAACGGCGCCGAUCCCAGCCUGGAGGACAGGGGCGGGGCCUCCGCGCUGGUUUACGCCAUCAACGCGGAUGAAAAGCAAACCCUGAAGCUGCUCCUGGAUGCUUGCAAAGCCAAAGGCAAAGAGGUGAUCAUAAUCACCACCGAUAAGUCGCCGUCUGGCACCAAAACCACCAAGCAGUACCUCAAUGUUCCGCCGUCUCCGUCAGAGGUGCUGGACAAGUCCUCUCCAGCAUACUGCACCUCACCUUCUGACAUCCACCUCGCUGCGUCUCUCACGACCGAGCAAGAGAAACAAAACACCGUCUUCAGCUUCCAGACGAAGCUGAAAACGUCCUGCUCGGCCAACAAACUGGCCAACGGGCCCGCCUCGCCCACGCGGCGCCCCGCCAGCCACAAACGAGCGCGUUUGCCUCAGCUCAAGCGUCUGCAGUCGGAGCCGUGGGGGCUGAUCGCGCCCUCCGUGCUGGCCGAGCGGGCCGGCGGCCACGACGACGGCAAGAAGGCCAGCUCGGACGAGGACGUGGCGGCGGGUGUGAACGGCCUGACCCUGAGCAAGAGGGCCGCGUUGUCCCGACAGAACAGCGUGGACGGCAAAGAGAGCGUUUUCCCGUCGGUGCUGGAGCAGGGCUGCAAAAUGACGAGCUCGCUGUCGGGCCCUCCCGCCUCCAAAGCGGCCUACGAGAGAUCUCUCGGGCAGCACCAGCCUUUGGCCCGACGCAGCACCGUGCCCGCCGAGCAAGAGGGCGGCGCCGGCGGGCACCCCGGUCUCAGAGACGCCGUGUUCAAGAGGCGACUCGGGACCGACCACUACGACUCUGACUCCCAGCUCUACUCUGACUCGGUCCUGCUGGACUCCCCGAAGGUGCCGGUGGAGCGAAGGAAAUUGAACACUUCCCCUCUGGCCGUGCUGACCAGUUCCAGAGAGUCCCUCGACAGUAACGCCAGCACAUCCUCGCCCGGCGCCAUCCGCCGCCGUCCGCCGGGCCUCCUGGAGAGGCGAGGUUCGGGCACCCUGCUCCUGGAUCACAUCUCCCACACCAGGCCGGGCCACCUGCCCCCUCUCAAUGUCAACCCCAACCCUCCCAUCCCUGACAUCGGCGCCAGUAGCAAGCCGUCCUCGCCCUUGGCCAGCGGCAUUCGAUCCUUAGCGCCGGCAGCACCCAACACACCAAAGAGAGGCGGCUUGAAGUGCAAGAAGAAACUUGUGAGGAGACAUUCUAUGCAAGUGGAGCAGAUGAAGCAGCUGUCUGACUUUGAGGAGCUCGCUCAUUAGUGACUCGGAGGAGUUUAUGCAGCAUUUGGAGUGCGUCCGUGGGUUCAGGCGCGUAGAUGGUGAAUAACCAGCUGGAAAAAUGAACUUACACCUGAGCAAUAUAGGUAGGCUUCAGCGGCGGGACUCAUGCGGUCCCGAGUCUUUGCCCUCAAGAGCUGAGUCAAGUCCUAAGUCGAGUCAGGCAAGUCCCCAGUCCAGUCCCAGCACCUACAUUUUGACUUUCCAAACCACGGACUUGUGACUCGGCCGCAACUCGGAGUGAAGACAGGCAAGUCCAGAAUCCAGUCGCAACUCCUCCUUCAAGGUCUCGCGCUUGCGAUGGGACUCGGGACUGGAGCGCAAAGACUUGAGGCUUACUCAAUGACUCGCUCCCACCGCUGCUAGAUUUCCCCCUCGUGUCUCUUUCGACGCCAUGUCUGCUUUCAAUGUUUUACCGUUUUGAAUGUAAACGAC